GCGAGGUGGGUUCGAAGAUGCCCCGCGCGUUCCUGGUGAAGAAGCCGUGCGUCUCCACGUGCAAGAGGAACUGGAGCGAGCUCCCCGACGAGGAGCGCGGCGAGAUCUACGUGCCAGUCAGUCUGGGCUUUUGCCCCCCACAGCCCUACCGGGAGCCAGAGCCAUCGGUGGCUGAGCCCCCGUCUUGCCCCCUGGUUUUGGACAUGAGCCUUCGGGACUCCGGCUAUGGUGUGGCCCCAGGGCCCUGCGUGGUGGCCCAGCUGCCCUCCGAAGACACGAGUCAUUUGGCAGAGCGCCAGAGCAGAGACCACGGCUUUCUGCGCACCAAAAUGAAGGUGACCCUGGGGGACAGUCCCAGUGGAGACCUCUUCACCUGCCACAUCUGCCAGAAGGCCUUCACCUACCAGCGCAUGCUGAACCGCCACAUGAAGUGCCACAACGACGUCAAGAGGCACCUGUGCACCUACUGCGGGAAAGGCUUCAACGACACGUUCGACCUGAAGAGGCACGUCCGCACCCACACCGGUGUGCGGCCCUACAAAUGCAGCCUGUGUGACAAGGCCUUCACGCAGCGCUGCUCGCUGGAGUCCCAUCUUAAGAAGAUCCACGGUGUGCAGCAGAAGUACGCGUACAAGGAGCGGCGGGCCAAGCUGUACGUGUGUGAGGAGUGCGGCUGCACGUCCGAGAGCCAGGAGGGCCACGUCCUGCACCUGAAGGAGCACCACCCCGACAGCCCGCUGCUGCGCAAGACCUCCAAGAAGGUGGCCGUAGCCCUGCAGAACACAGUCACCUCCCUGCUCCAGAGCAACCACCACCUCUGAGCGGCCCCGCCCGGCCUGGGUCGCCUGCCCGCUGCCCGGCGGUGACCGGGCCUAGAGCCCCCUGCGGCUCACAUGUCCGCUCAGGCCUGGCGCUGAGCUCUGCUCACGUUUGCCUUUUUGUCUGAGGGGCAGAGGCCACUCUGAGCCCGGACCAACGUGGGCAAGGCCCAGGGUGCCUUCCCCGUGAAGCAGCCCACCUACAGUGAGAAGACUUCCUUCCCAGAGGACGGAUGGGGAUGCUUGGUGGCCAUGCUCCUCCGGAGCGCGGAGCAUGGGAACAGGGCCGCAGCUCCCCCCAGGGCAGCGGAGGGAAGAGCAGGGGCGGAGAGCAGCUGGGCAAAGCAAGGUGCUGGGGGAGCUGGCGCCCGCCUGCCCUGCAGUGUGCCUAAGGCUCAGGGCCAUGGGGGCCUUGGCCCUUCCCUCAGGGUGGUGCAUACACUGUGCACAGCCGCGGACGCUCCUGCACACACAGGAGGCCUUUCCACACAUCACCUCAUUUUUAGGAAACUGACAACAAGGUGCCAAGGAAGUUUUAUUUCCUUUUUUUUUUU